GACUUGGUCGGGGAGGGCUGGCCUGUCACUGCUCCGCAGCUACUGCUGCCCGCUCAUCACCUGCAGGGACUUCAGCGCCAUUCCGGAUCAGGUCACAGAGGCUUUUCCCCACGCUCUGCCCUUCUUUCCUCUCCUGCUCCAUUCCUGCACCUCACUGCUUUUGGCUGUGCUUGCUGGGAGAAGGGGGGGACAACUAGCCUGGAGCUGGUGGGUUCAGUCUGAACGGGCAGUAUGUCCUAAUGUACCAGUUGGGGGGGGGGCAGAUUCCUGAGCCAUCAGCUGCUCUCUCUGGUUCCCAGAGGCUGAGGUGAGCCACGGCUGUUCCAUGGGCCGUGAGCAGGGUUGGCAGAGGGGCUCAGUGAAACCCAACUCUGUGGCACUUAGUGGCUGCUGCUCUCCCUGCCAGAAGUGGGUUUCCAGCUGCUCAUGUUAAGGCACUGGCUAUAUCCUGCCAGCACAUGGAGGAGACAGGCAGUAGGAAACCUGCAGUGUGGCAGAGGACAGUGGAAUGGGGAGCCAGCCGUGCCCUGCCAGGCUGUUCCUAGCCAGCCACUUGGCCCCAGAAUAGUCUGGGGAGGGCAGGACUGACUUCUGGGCUCCUGGCAUCUCUCCUGGUGCUGGUGGCACCCUGUGCUUUUUCUGAAGGCAAUAGGAUGCCCUUCUGCUCCUCUGUUGCAGGUGUCCAGUCCCAUCUCCACAUUAUCAGUGUCUGUAGCUGACAGCCUUAGGCUCCCUUGGCUUUGCUCCAUGCUUUUGAGAGGUCUGUGCAGCUUCCCCCACUCGCAGCCUGGGAGAUGCAUUCCUGCCUAAGCCGUGUCCCUCACAUCGGAGCUUUUUCCCUGUGCUGGUUUCAUGCUGCUUCUCUCAGGCUGCUGUGCAGUUCCCUGCUUGAGCACCAUGCUGGGAAGCUUUCUCCCAGCUUUCCAUAUGUAGGGGGAUCUGGGAAUGGGCACCUGGGCUGUGGGACUGGCUUCCCUUUAAGCAGGGAGGCACGAAGCUGUGGGCAUCUGCUACAGGAACAGAUGGCCCAUCCAAAUUGCCAAGGCUGGCCUGAACUGCUGCUGUUGUUGUUCUGCAAAAGGAGCUCUGAGAGAUAAGGAACUUUUUAACAUCCCUCUCAGUCUGGGUCACGGGCAAUGCUGAUGAAACCAAAAUAGAAUCUGUGUGAACUGCUGCUGAUCCAUCCCCUGCUCUUGCCUGACCCUUGCGCUCUGAUGUUUGCUUGCCCUCUGCUCUUUAUUAAGGAUAAUUCACCUUCCCAGGCUGUCACUGUGGCUGCUUGGCUUUCAGCAUAGAAGCCAAACAGCAGCAGCUUCUUUAAAUCAUUGCUGCCCAAUUUCUUGAUAACCAGGAGGCAGAUUAUUUAGUGCAGUGGCAAAUAAACUUCAUAAUGUUAUGAUGGUGGAAAGUUGUCAAGGGAUAUGAAUGUGCAGCUCAGCCCAGAAACCUCCAAGGAGACAGCUUUAGUUUAAAUGAAGACAAAACUCCAUCUUUCAUGGAUUUUGGGAAGGAAAUCACAUUGUUGUAAUGGGAACCUUACCCUGAGCCUUAGGGCUGGCAAACUCUUGACUUUAUGAAGUAUAAGUGGAGAGGCUGAGCUAGCCUGGCAGGUAUGCUUUAAAGAAGGCCUGCGGCACAUUGAACCUGGCAGUGGGACUGGGCAGGGCGCAGUGCUCUGAACCCCUCCCUGCACUCCCAGCCUCGAGGUACUGCUUGGGAUCUGGGACAGAGGGAGCAGGGAAGGUGUGGGUCAUGUUGGGCACCAAAUGGCAGCAAAGGGGUUGUGGGACCGGAGCCUGGAGAGAGGCAGGAUGGAGCUGCCACCAGCAGGAGGUAGGAUUAUGACAAGAACUGUAUUAAAAAAAAAAAAAAAGCCUCAGACCCCUGUGCUCCCAUCUCCUGUUCUUCCCAGCAAGCCUGACCUUGGGAACACUUGGUUGUGCAUCUUGUGAAGGGCCUGGCAGGAGGUGGGACAGCUGGUCCCUUUUGCCUUAUUUUGGUCAAGGCACAGCCAAGUGCUGGGGACUGCACUCAAAUCGCUGUGUGGGCUUGGGUGUCUCCUUCAGUACUGCUUUGCUCUCUGGAUGAGCUUCCCAUGAGAAACUGCAAAGCUGCAGCAUUUCCUUUCUCCCACUUGCCUCUGAGCCCUGCACAAAGCAGCUGCGAGCAUCCUGUUGCUGCCUCCAUCCCUCCUGCUCUGGUUGUUUGGGGAAAAGAGAUUUUGCAACAGUUUCUAAUUAAACUGUCAGUGAAGAUGCUUCCAGGCAGUUCCUUUUGUCCUCUGGGGACAAACUGUCAGUGUGGAGGGACAGGGGCUGCAGUAUGACAGAUGGGUGUCAUCAUCCCUUUGACAGGCUGGAAGGAAUCAGUGAGGGUCCUUCUUUAACCUGCAUGCUCACGGCAUCCUCAGCUCCUGGAGGAGCACCCAGAAGGACUGAAAGUGGCAAGGGGUUACAGUUAGCAGUGGCUGCCUGGAAAGCCUGGUCCCAUCCUUGGGUGUUUGGUGUGGUCAUCUGCCAUGGGCACCGGCAGUCAGAUAGGUGCUGACCUUGUGCCCUCUCACCAAGUCCUUGCUGCCAGUUGGGUGCUGAGCUGUGCCGUGGAAUUCUUGUCCCCUGAAAGAGGGCACGUGAGUUUUCCCUCUGGCCAUUGUCUGCAGGGAUCCCAUUACCAUUCAUUGUAUGGAACGUGUCAGACCUUGCGGGUUCUUGGAUCAGGUCCCUGCGCUGGCACUGUUGCAAGGUGGCCUGUAUGUGUGCAGCAGAAGGCUGCGAGUUUUGCUUUUGUUUGGCCUCAUUCUCUGGACGAACGAUUGUGCUGGGUCUGUGCCCUGGUGCUGCCUUCUGGUCUGUGCUGCAGAGUGUCACAUGCUGUCAUGGGGGCUUUGUGGCACACAGAGUCUGAGCUGAUAUUGCCGCCUCCAGGUGAUGGCACAACUGAAGGUGUUCUUGGCUAUGGCUACUGCUGCUAAAGGCUCUUGGUUUGGAUGGAUGUGAUUUUGGUCAUCUCAGUCCUACGAGCGGUGCAGCAUUACUCACACAUCAGCUGCAGUGAUGAAUCGGAAGGUAGAAGGGCUGACAGUGCUGGGAAACAUGAGCUGUUGUCCCCACUGUGACAGCUAUCAAUGGCUCAUACAGCCCACAGGCAGUCACUGCUUCUGUCCUGCUCCCUGCUGGUGGGGGUUGUCUGCACCCCCACUUCUGAGCUGGCUGAGAGCUGGUGUGCCUGUGCAUUGAUGAUUCUCAGACCUUUCUGCCUUGGAGCCCACAUUCACACAGCCCUGCCCCUUGUGCAGCUUCUGCCUCUGGAUCAUGAUGUAGUACAGAUUACAGCUGGAGUGGAAAUUUUGGGUAGAAACCAUCUAUGCAGAGUUUGGGAACUUGCUCACCUCUCUGCAACCACAGCCCUGAGGGCUGCACCAUGUCUUGACCAGCGUGUUCCCUUCCCUGUCCGGCACAGGCACUUCCUCUGCAGCAUGCAAGCUGUGGAUGGGAAGCUAGGCUGCAUGGAGCUCAGGAGAUCUUGGCAUCACACACAGGUGCCUGCUAGUAACGCCUCUUCUCAGGAGUUGAGCUGUGCAAGAUCACUGUCAUUGCCAGGGAGGGCAGCUUGUAAACUGAGACAGGCUCUUGUCUGCAUGAUGGCAGCUCUGGUGCCAUAGCACCCACCCAGACAACGCAGCAAGUAUUGCUUCGCAGACUCAGCCAGGACAGAUUCUCGUCAUGGAGAAGGGCAAAACAUGGGCUCAUUUCCCUCCUGUAGCUCCGUGGUUGGAAAAAAUGCUUUCCAAUCAACUAACUAGAGGCUUGCUGAAAGGUCUGCUGAUGGUUUUUUCAAGUCCAAACUUUCUCUAGGCUUUGAGGCUUGUUUGGCUGGCAUCCCUCUUCUUCUGGGCACUGGCAGGAGGACACCAUGGUGUGUGUGGGGGGGAACAAUGGCACAGGCAAGAGGACCGAGCAGCGUGCUGCACUGUGUCCCUCUGUCUGAGGACACAGAAGGCAUGGUCAGCACAGUACCCAGAGAUCUGCCUGAGGCUGCUGGAGCAAAGCGAAGUAAUGGAGCUGAAUAUCAAGAAAUAUUCAUGAUGUGGGUAGAGCUUAGAGCUUAUGCCUUGAGGGACACUGUGUAGAAAUCAAUCUGUCUGGUUUUGUUGCUGUCACAACCAGGGGAGUGAUAGCUGCUGGGUGAUCAGGGUGCCCAUGUCAGCCGAUCCAUGAGUUCUCUGUCCAGUGAAGUUACAAGAUGCAAGUUUUCCCUCUUUGAUCUCUGCUCGGCUUUCCAAGGGUGUUUAUAUCCUGCCGCCGAGGUUAGCUCUGUCCUUAGAGCACAGGGCUGCAUUUUUCUCUGAGAGCCCCGGGGGUUCCUGCAGCACCUUCCUCUUCCCCCAGCUCUUCAGGGCAGCACACACUCCAGGAUACAUUCUUGCUUUGGCAAGGUCUCAGCCCACCAGCACCAGGCAGGGAGCACAAUAGGUUGAGGAGCUCUGAGGGGUCUGGCUCAAAAAAAUCCUACCAAAAGCUCCAAGUGCAGAUCACAAGCUGACCCCUUCCUUAUUCACAGAAUGAGAUUGAAAUGAUAGUGUUGAGCUGCAUGCAAGUAGAGUUGAUGUCCUAGUGCGUGCAGAAGUAUUUCCUUUUCCUCCUACCCUGCAGAUGCCAGGCUGCAACUAGCCCCUUGAGCUAACAGCCCAGUGAUGCAGCCUGCAGAGAAGCAACAUGCUGUUCUCUGUUGUGACUCAACUACCAACAGUCUUUUCACAGAAGCGUGGAGGUCACAGAAAUGUCAAUAGUGUUAGGCCAAGGGCUGCCAGGACACAGCUCUCCUUCAGCAGUACCUGGUGCAUGGUGCUCUGAUGGUGCACAUCAGUGCUGGGCACUCCAUGCAGUCAGUUACUCCACACUGUCAGCAGCAGCUCUCAGUGCCUGCACUGUACUCUUUCAGAUUGGAAUUCAGUUGCAAGCAAUGGGGAUAUCUUCACCAUCAGAUCUGAGCUGCUGCCACGUGGUACUGUUAUAAGCUGUCAGAUUACCCAGCAGUAACCUUCACUGCUGGUGUCUGGAGCGUGAGUCCAUGUGCCUCUUUCUGACAGCUCUGGAGAUAAAAAAGACCAUAAUCAACCAGUAACCAAACAUAAAUGUCAAGCCAAGGGUGUUCUGGCAGGUUUCCUCAUGAGAAUGUGGUGUGAAAAGGAAGGAAGCUGUGUUGAGAGAUCUUCCUGCCCAAUGCAGCAACUCAGCAAGCACUGCACUAGCUUUGUGCUGGUGGAAUAUCUGGGACAGAAAGAACUACCUGUUGAGCUCACUCAGGAUAUAGGUGGACAAUUCUGUCUCUCCCAGCAGCUUAGCCUGGGCAAGCUUGCCACACUCAAGCAGUUCUCUCAUGUUGUCUUUUUUCAAAUACAUUUUAUUUGUUCAUGUAGUUUUUAACACCUAUUGGUGAUGAUGCAAUUCACUGCAGUAUCCCACUGAUGUUGGGGAGAAGGGACAGGAAUGGAGUGCUGCAGUGACAGGGACAGGCUAGAAGCUGGCUGGUCAGCAAGACAUGGUUAAGUCCUCUGGAAAAGCCUCAUGGUCCUCGGUGGUGUGAUGGCUACCCUGCUAGUCACUGGGCAGGGAUGAGUGUAUAUGCAUUACUCGUGAUGGAACUUGAGAAAUCCCUCCGAGGUGAUGGUACUUUGUUUUUGCUUUCAGUUCAGCAAGGCUCUAACUCCCCUAAUGCUGCUCUCUGAAUUGCACAUUCCACUGGAGAGCAUCACUAGAUGAGAGAGACUAGAGACUUCCUUGCAUAACCAGCUGGAGGCAAAACCAAACCUGACUUUUCUGUCCUCCACCUUUGUAGCAAUUGAAGAUUCAGAAUUUGCUUCUGCCAUGCUCUUUAGAGGCUUGAAACAAACUGGUCUGGAGAAUGGGAGUUCUGGUACUAGUCAGAGUCAGCCUCUUCCGCUCUGACCUUUGCAUGCCAAGCUGAGAGCACUGAAACUGCUGCUGCAGCAGCUUCCAUCUGUGGCCUAGUGCUUUUCACGGACAGCUGCAACACCUUGGCAACACACUCAGCUUUGAGGGAAAGGUCAAGAGACCCGUUAAAGCUCUUUCCAAAACGAGAGGGAAGUUUUGAGCGGGACAGAUAGGAUGAUUUUCCUAGUUCUCCUCUGCUCCAACUUUCUCAGCCAGGCUCCACCAAAUGUGCUUGCCCUGCUUUGACUUGCCUGAUUGUUUUCCUUCUUUAGUGCUUAGUUUCCAUUUGCCACAAAUUCUGUGGGGCUGCUGCUGCUUGUGCUGAACGGUUACGGCUGCAACACCGGGAGAGCCAGCACCAGUGGGGAAAAUAGUGGUGGGGCAGAGAGCAGGGCUGGCCUCGCCAGGGCAGGAGCUCAUCCGUGAAGCAGUCUCAUGUGUGAUUCUGAGGGUGCUUUCCUCAGGCUAAGCUGUGAAAAUAAGCAUAGACUGCCUUAAGAAGAGCUUUGCUUUGAACUAGAGAAGCCCAGAUGCUCCCAGUGGGUCCCAGAGGCUGGGCCCAGCCCUACCAUAGCACCCAGCUCUCUCAGCUCAGCUGCUCCAACUGUGCUCUGCAAACCUGUGGCCAUCGCCAGCCCGGCAGAUCUGUGGGCAGCCUAUUUAAUUCCUGCUUUCUGUGUCAACAGCCACCGCCGGGCACAAUGGAAACAUUUUUUAAGAGGCACUUUGGGAAGAAGGGGCUGCCGGGCCCACGGCGUGCCAGCGUGGUGGCUGUGCCCACGGGCAAGGCCCGCCACCGCUCCCAGGCCGGGCUGCCCUCUGCUUCACUGACCCAGCGCCGUCGCGGCUCAGGUGCCCCACUGCCAGCUCUCUCCUGUUUGCCCCUGACCCGCCGCCGCGGCCCCCGCCGCCGCUCCAGCACCACCCCACCGUGCCUCAGUCCCCGCUUCGCCGUGCAGCAGCAGCGGCACGGGGGCUGUCCGCCAGCCAUCGAUGCCACGCUGCUGGGGCCCUCUGUGCUGCUGGCCAGCCUCCUCCCCGCUGGGCGAGAGGGUGCCGGGGAUGCCUCCAGCUCCUGGCCUGCAGAAGAUGGCGACGGCAGGGUGGAUCGGGGCAGAUGGUGGGCCGAAGAGAGCUGGCUGGGCAUACUGCCGCGGCUGCGGCCGCUGCAGGCCAGGCUGCUGACACGGGGCCCUCGAUGCCUGCGCCGCGCCUCCUCCCACCGCCUGCCCACCGACAUUGGCUGCAGCCGGGCUCCCCACGGCCUGCCGGGCCGCUACCGUCGCCUCAGCCAGCGCCGCCGCUCCAGCGAUGUCCUCUGGCCCGGGCUGCUGGCCACCACUCGCACGAGGUGGCUGGCCCAGCAGUGCGCAGGGGCUGCCUUCCCUGAGUGCUUGGAACCAGAACCAGCCUGCUGCCCCGACGGCUGGAGCCCCAGGCUGCUGAAAGCUAUUGCCAAGUCCAGCCUCCAGCACAUGGUAGCCCAGCCAAACCCCAUGCUAGCCCUGAGGAGCGAGUCAGAGAGGCAGAUACGCAGCACUGUGGACUGGAGCGAGACUGCAGUCUAUGGGGAGCACAUCUGGUUUGAGACCAAUGUCUCUGGGGAUUUCUGCUACGUUGGGGAGCAGAACUGCAUGGCCAAGCUGCUGCAAAAACCUCUCUCCAGGCGUAAGUGUGCAGCAUGCAAGAUCAUAGUGCAUACACCCUGCAUAGAACAGCUGGAGAAAAUAAAUUUCCGCUGCAAACCUUCCUUCAGGGAGUCAGGAUCACGGAACGUACGGGAGCCCAUAGUUGUCCGGCAUCACUGGGUGCAUCGGAGGCGACAGGAAGGGAAAUGCCGGCAGUGUGGCAAGGGUUUCCAGCAGAAGUUUGCCUUCCACAGUAAGGAGAUUGUAGCCAUCAGCUGUUCUUGGUGCAAGCAAGCGUAUCACAGCAAAGUGUCAUGUUUCAUGCUGCAACACAUCGAAGAGCCCUGCUCACUAGGGGCUCACGCUGCUGUUGUUGUUCCUCCCACCUGGAUUUUGCGGGUCCGACGGCCCCAGAAUCCAAUGAAAUCCAGUAAGAAAAAGAAGAGGACAUCAUUCAAGCGAAAAUCCAGCAAAAAGGGUGCUGAGGAAGGGAGGUGGAAACCUUUUGUCAUCAAGCCUAUGCCAGCUCCUCUCAUGAAGCCCUUGCUGGUGUUUGUGAACCCCAAGAGUGGUGGGAAUCAGGGAGCCAAGAUCAUCCAGUCCUUCAUGUGGUAUCUCAACCCACGGCAAGUUUUCGACCUCAGCCAGGGCGGUCCCAAGGAGGCGCUGGAGUUGUACCGCAAGGUCCACAACCUACGGAUCCUGGCAUGUGGGGGAGAUGGCACGGUGGGCUGGAUACUCUCCAUUCUGGACCAGCUGCGCCUCAAUCCACCUCCUCCUGUGGCCAUCCUUCCGCUGGGGACAGGCAAUGACUUGGCCAGGACACUGAACUGGGGUGGGGGUUACACAGAUGAGCCUCUGUCCAAGAUCUUGUCACAUGUGGAAGAUGGGAACAUUGUGCAGCUUGAUCGCUGGAACCUCCGUGUGGAAGCAAACCCUGAAGCAAACCCUGAGGAAAAGGAUGAGACAGCUGCUGACAAGCUUCCCUUGGAUGUCUUUAAUAACUACUUUAGCCUUGGUUUUGAUGCGCGGGUGACGCUGGAAUUUCAUGAAUCCCGAGAGGCCAAUCCAGAGAAGUUCAAUAGUCGGUUUCGGAAUAAAAUGUUCUAUGCUGGGACGGCUUUCUCCGACUUCCUCACAGGGAGCUCCAAAGAUUUAGCGAAGCACGUCAAGUUGGUUUGUGAUGGGGUGGACCUGACCCACAAGAUCCAGGACCUGAAGCCCCAGUGUUUGGUCUUCCUGAACAUCCCCAGAUACUGUGCAGGCACGAUGCCCUGGGGCAACCCUGGAGAGCACCACGACUUCGAGCCGCAGCGCCAUGAUGAUGGCUGCAUUGAAGUCAUUGGCUUCACUAUGACUUCCCUGGCUGCACUGCAGGUGGGUGGCCACGGGGAGAGGCUGUGUCAGUGCCGGCAGGUAGUUCUCACCACGUCGAAGGCCAUCCCCAUGCAGGUAGAUGGGGAGCCCUGCAAGCUGGCAGCUUCCUGUAUCCACAUCUCCCUGCGCAACCAAGCCAACAUGGUGCAGAAGACCAAGCGGCGCAACUCCAUGCCUCUGCUCAACGACCAGCAGCCAGUGCCUGAGCGGCUGCGAAUCCGAGUGAGCCGAAUCAGCAUGCGCGACUACGAGGCACUGCACUAUGACAAGGAGAAGCUGAAGGAAGCCUCUGUGCCGCUGGGGAUCAUCGUGGUUCCAGGGGACAGUGACCUGGAGUUGUGCCGGACCCAAAUUGAGAGGCUGCAGGAGGAUUUCUCUCCACAGCCCUCUGCUUUGCAGCGCCUGCUCUUUCAGGAAGGAGAUGGAGCCAAACCGAAGACACUGUCAUCCCAGAAACUGUCACCAAAAUGGUGCUUCCUGGACUCAACCACAGCAGAUCGAUUCUACAGGAUAGAUCGCGCUCAGGAGCACCUCAACUAUGUGACAGAGAUCUCUCAGGAUGAGCUCUAUGUGCUGGAUCCAGAGCUGGUGAUCACCCAGACCGUAGGCACAUCUCCUGCCAUGCCUGAUCUUGUCGACUCAUCUGCCACACCUCCUGGGCACCAUUUUGCUUUCCCUUCCUCUUCCUCCUCUCCACCCUGCUCUCCUGCCCCCAGUGCUGACGCUGAGCUCUGCCUCCCACACAAAGAUGACCUGAUAGAAGCUGCCAAGAGCGGUAACUUCAGCAAGUUCCAAGAGCUGCACCGGGCUGGAAGAGACCUGAUGGUGCGAGACUCCUCUGGCCGAACUGUCCUCCAUCACGCCGUCAUAUCAGGGAGCAAGGACAUCGUCAAAUACAUAAUUGAGAAUGCCCCUUCAGAAAUCCUCGAUGCCACAGAGGAGGAGAACGGCGAAACCAGCUUGCACCAGGCUGCAGCUCUACGCCACCGCACUAUCUGCCACUACAUUGUGGAGGCUGGAGCGUCACUCAUGAAGACUGACCUGCAGGGAGACACCCCUAAGCACAGGGCUGAGAAAGCCAAUGACCCCGACCUGGCUGCCUACCUCGAGAAUCGACAGCACUACCAGAUGAUCCAGCGGGAGGACCAGGAGACAGCUGUGUAGCGCUCAGCGUGCCUUAGCCCAACCAGCUUGGGCAGGACGAACAGAGGGCGGCACCUGGCAGAGCUGUGAGUCUGGCCCAGCCCUCCUUAUGUGUCAGCCCAGUCGCUGGAGGAGAUGGAGACAGCAGGGCUGUGCCCCAGGUUGGGCUGAGACGCUGUUUAUGAGGACAGUGGGUAUUUGGGACUUGAAGCCCUGCUCUUUGUGUGUCCCCCUUUGGCUCUCAUCAACCAUAUUCCCCGCUCCAGAUGGGCUCCAUCCCAGAGCCCCACUGGGGCAGGCAGGGAUGUAGCAAUCUGUCACCCUCACACAGGGGAGCAGUGGUAGUGCCCCCAGCAGGUUCUUACCUAUGACCCGUGCAGGACACCAUUGCUCACCCCUCUGCCUGCUAGUGGUAACGCUCCAUUAGGCACUUCACCUUGUCCAGAAGAAGCACCAUGAUGUACUGCCUCCAAGUCCUGUUCUCUCUUGUUGGCCUGGGACUGUCCUUGGGCUCUGUGGCAGGAGAAAAGUCCCUUGUGUUAGAGAAUGUGUACCCACCCCUUCCUCAGAGCAUCUGGGACUGGCACAGCUGGAUGCGGGGCAGUUGCUUUCAGUGCUGGGCCUGUGCUGCUCUCAGGGAUCUCCCCGUGCUCCCAAACUACGCGACCGCUGCAUAUGGCUUCUGCCAUCCCCACAAAUCAGACUCAGGGUCCUGCAGGGAAUCCUUGGAGAUCCCCCAGCCCAGGCACAAGCUCCCUGGGUAGGCUGCCAGCAGGCUGCCAGCACACCUCCACAGGUUUUAGCAGAAAGAGGGAUUUGGAUGCAUAGGAAGCAUCAGGACCCCAGCCCCGAGUCAUGCAUGUGACAGGAUGGCAUUUGGGGCACCAUCUGCCACGGGACACGAGGCACCGUCUGCCCUGCAGAGGCCAUGAGUGCUGAGGUAGCACAGCAGCCCUCAUGCAUGCACUUUUUGCAGAGCAGCAGUCCCUGGCUGCAGGGUGCCGGCAGAGGGGGAGGGCAGACGACUGUUGGCAUUGGUGCAUUCAAGCGGGAGGUGUGUGCAAAGCAGGUCUGGGUUGCAGCGUACAGGUGGGGUCCCAGGAGAGGAGGCCGGGGCAUCCCCAGUGUGCACUUGCACCUGACUGUGGCUGUGCUGGGUGACACUGCUCACAUCCCCACAAAUACUGAAGAAAAAAACAUAUCAUGACACCACAGAGAACCACAAUGCUGAUCAGGCUUUAGGUUGGGGCAGAGUUACCUUUGAGGCUAUGGGGCAGCCGGACCAGAGCAGCACGAGGCUGGUGCUGGAGUUCAGUGAUUAAUAUCAUCACUGUUCCGAUGGCGAUGCUCCAGCAGCACCAGGAGUUCCCAUCAGCGCUGCUCACUUGUGGACAAACGCUGUCAUCUUCCCAAAGGUGCAGACUGCUGCCCCAGCUAGGGUCCAGCUCCCCCUUCUCCCCAGUUUGUACAUCCCCGUUUUUGUACAGGUAGUUCAGAGACACACUGUCCCCCUCCCCGCCAGGCCCCACACGUGAGCUGAGUUGCUGUGCAAUUCUGAGCCUGGCUGCUGUGUAGGCAGAGGCGGAGGGGUGUUGGUAGCCCUGCCCACUGGGGCAGGGGUUCUGUGCAAUACCCAGUUCGGUGUUCCCAGACGCUGUGGUAGGACUGUAUUUUUGUAACUCUGUGAGUGCCCGCUCUAGCAGGCCCGGGGCCUGGCGUGAGCCCGUGCUCCCAUCGCUUUUUGACUUUUGACUGUUUGGAUGUUGUUGUUUCUUGCUAUUGAAAUAAAAAAAAAAGUGGACGUUUUAA